AUGAAAUCGCUGAUGCCCGACGUGUACCCCGACCAGCUAAGGGAGCUCAACCCGCUCAUCUGCUACGUGCAGUGCCUGCGCGAUCAUGCUGACGACACCUCCAAUGCGAGCAAAAAGGCCCAUAUUCGAUCCAGCGCUUUCAAGCACCUGAAGAAUGAGAGUUGUGUCAAAAAUGGGGAAGGAUUUGCUAUUGCUGUGUCCCUUCAAGACGGAACAAUCAUCUACGUAUCUGGCUCCAUCACAUCUCACCUCGGCUAUUCAAAGGAUAUGCUGCUCGGUCAAUGCAUAAUGAACUUCCUGUACCCCCGUGACCGCAUCACUUUCGCCAAUCACCUAAGCCACGGCCUCAACUCUUGGUUCAACGAGGACGCGAAAGGUAUUUGCCACAGCCGAAGCCAGAGCACCUUCCUAUGCAGAUUCAGGCAAUACCAGAGCCUGAAAUACGGUUAUGGCAUCUCGGACAAGAAGGUGCAGUACAAGCCGUUCCAGAUGUCCGUUUACAUCAAGGAUGCCGCCAACGGAGAUGACGUCAGCGUCGAGAACGCCUCCACCGCCAUGUGCCUCGUGGUCACCACAGUCGCCAUCAAGACGGCCUACAGGGUGCCAGCGGAAACUCCCGCCAUGACGUGUUUUUCCACACGUCAUACCGCAUCCUGCCAUUACAGCCACGUUGAUCUCAGCGCUGCAGUGUACCUUGGAUACUUGCCUCAAGAUAUGCUGGGCCAUUCAGUGUUCGAUUUUUACUGUCCGGAGGACAUGGAGUUGCUGAGGGACAUUUACGACUUGGUGAUGAAAGAGCAAGGCCACUCUUUCAGAAGCAAGCCGUAUCGUUUCAGGGCGCUCAAUGGUUGUUUUAUUAAGCUCGAGACAGACUGGUCCUGCUUCAUCAAUCCCUGGACGCGAAAGCUUGAGUUCGUGGUCGGCCAGCACAGGGUUAUCGAGGGCCCGAGGAACCCAGACGUGUUCGCCGAGUCGUCACCCGAGCACUUCAUGGGUGACCAGCCCAUGACGGGGGAAGCCCACAAUAACAACAGACUCAUACAGGAACAGAUCAAGGACAUCCUUUCCCAGCCCGUGAAACUUCGAGAGAACAGCAACAUGCGCCAGCGAUCCAACAAGAGGCGAAAAGAGCUCGCAUCAUUCGUCAGCACCCUCGUCGGAGAGAUGACGCAUAAACGAGUCGCCGACAAAGGAGAGGAGCAAGUAGCCGCAACUGCUGAAGGAUGCACGUGUUCAGACCUUGGAUCGGUUGUGAUGGGGGAGAUUUCACCGCACCAGGAACUUCACGACUCAGACCCUUCAAGCGAGUCGCCGCCAAACACAGAGAUAAGAUACCAAGAAAAUAUUGAGAGGUUCUUCGCGAGCAAUCCCAAGACGAAUUCGUCUGACGAACCAGCAGAGAUGAAAAUAGACAACGAUCGGAAUUCACCCGAGAACCGCGAGGAAGAGGCUAUCAAGGCCACAGCUUCACCGCAAUCCUCCGAAGACAAGUCUGCCUCGGACUUCGCGGUUGUCGACAGCAACUACGCCAGUGCUGGAGGCAGUGGAGUGAGCGGCAUCGGAUGCGGAAGCGGCAGCGGCAGCGGAAGUGGCAGCGGAAGUAAAGGCAGUGGAGGAAGUGGCUGGCAGCGGAUCCGGCAGUGGAGCAGCAGAUGCGAGCCAGCAGCAGCAACAGCAGCCGCAACGGCAGUGCAUGGAGCCGCGAGCGUGCAGGACAAGUACCCGCCCUGCCCGCCGCUCACCGAGGAGGUGCUCCUGCAGUACAACCGACUGGCAUACAAGCACAUGAAUAAGCACCAACAGCCACAGCAGCAACAUUAUCAGCCGCAGCCCGGUAUGGGCAUCGGAGGCGGCACGACCGCGGACGACCACAAGGACAGCCACCGGCUCAAGCGCAGCGGAUCGCCGCUCGUCAACUCGAACCUGCACAAGCACAACAAGUCGUGCAGGGAAAGCACGGUGGCAGACGGCUCGGCAGCUGGAGCAGCAGCUUCGUCGGCUGCGCCAUUUCCUCCACUGCUGCACGCCGCCGCAUCGCUGGUCACCUCGCAGCAGGACAACGUGGCUGCCUUCGUCCCAAACCUGGCCAUACCCACUUACACCUACGUGCCCCUAGGGGGCGCGCAGUCCACCGCCAACACUACGCCAUUUCUCAUACCCGUGAUGUACGUGGGUGGCGUGCCACUGUACCCUUCGCUGCCAACGGGCGACGGACCACAGUCCAAGGGCAUGUGGCAGUGUGGUGCCCUGCCGCUGAUGCCUCUGUGGCAGCAACCGCCUGUGAACGGAGGCACCACCGGCGCACAGGAAGCGACCAAGGCGGACGCCAAGACACCAGGGGCUCCGACGGGGGCCGCCACCGAAAAGCACUCCGAUAAUGCUCUGAGGAAGGCACUGCAAGAUGGGGCGGACAAGACAAGUGGUCCAGCGACCAUUACGGGCCUCGGCGACGGCUCGGCCAAUGGUCGACGGGGCAGCAGCAAUGCCAAUGGUGGCACCGAAAUGGAGGGUUGUUCGAUGCGACCCUUCAAGCCGUAUGCGACGGCGUUCGGCAAUGGACCCUCGGCUGGAGGCGCCAAUAAGUCGGACGCGGACGAGCGGCGCCACAGCGAAAGCACCGACAAGGACAUGCACCAGGACGACUCCGUGUCGCUCUCGUUUGGGUCAUCCUUCUUCGAGAAGUCCGAGAACUCGGAAAGUCAGUUCUCGUCAGAGAAGUCUUCUGAGGACACGGACUCCGAGAUGAAGGACCGUCGACGCAAGCAGCCCUUCCGGGCUGUGCUGCGCGAGCCGCACUGGACCGAGGGUGUAUCGCUGACGGCCGACCUGGUCUACCGGUACCAGAUGCGGGCGCCCGACGCGGCAGACGUGCUGCGCGGGGACAGGGACAAGCUGCAGCGGAUGCAGCAGCCGAGGCUGGUCAACGAGCAACUGUCCGUGCUGCAGCUCGAGUUGGAAGACGCACUCGAAGAUGAGCCUGCUGCAGAGGACGAGCCCAUGAGAGGAGGCGUCAAGGUCCACUCGCCUUCCGCGGGACUCGGGUCGUCCAAGUCCGCGACGCUUCCGGACGACACAACGGAAGCCGCGGAGGCACAGGGCUACGCCAUGUACGCCAUGGAAGAGGAAGACCUCACGCAAGAGAUCGUGGCGAAGGAAGAACGGAUUCUCUCCUCAUACGACCCUGACUUUGCUCUUGCUGACUCUGACGCUGAAUUUUGA